AUGGCGAGAAAGAAGGUGAAGCUCGAGUACAUCGCCAACGACGCGUCUCGCCGGGCGACGUUCAAGAAGAGGAGGAAGGGGUUGAUCAAGAAGGUGAGCGAGCUCAGCACCCUCUGCGACGUGAAGGCCUGCCUGGUGGUCUACGGGCACGACGAGCCCGUGCCGGAGGUGUGGCCGUCGGGUGCGGACGCGGUGAGGGUGGUGGCGAGGCUGAAGAGGAUGCCGGAGAUGGAGCAGAGCAAGAAGAUGAUGGAUCAGGAGGGGUUCAUGAGGCAGAGGAUUGCCAAGCUCCAAGAGCAGGUACGAAAACUCGAACGGGAGAACAGAGAAAUGGAGAUAUCACUGUCGAUGAACGAGAGGAUGCUCGGUGGAGGAGGGGGGCUGGAGGCCAUCGGGGUCGAGGAGGUCACUGGCCUAGCAUGGCUGGUGGAAGUGAAGGUGGGAGAGGUAAGGCGAAGGAUCGAGGCAAUGUCGAAGGCGGCGAAAGCAGCGCCGGUGGCUACCAGUGGCAAUCCUUGGAUUAUGGACUCUUUCUUCCCCUUGAAUUAG